AACUUUUUUUUUCUUUCUUUUUUUUCCUCUUUUUUUAAUAUUUAUUAUUAACAAUAUUAAAUAAUCUCACCUAAUUAAAUAAAAAAUGUCAUCAAAAUUUAUACCUUUCGAAUGUCUCGAACAAGUUUUUAUAAAUCUUUCAAAUAAUAAUAAAUCGACGUUAUUUAAUUGCCUUUUGGUAAAUCGAUCAUGGUGUCGUCAAGUUGUACCAAUAUUAUGGAGUCGUCCAUUUAGCCGAUUACAUUGGAAACCUUCUUCUCAGCUUAUACAAACUUACGUCUCAUGUAUGAUAAAUGAAAAGUUUCCAAAUACGGACUUUGAAACUAUUUUAUCCGAAUUAUCGUCAUCGUCAUCAUCGUCUUCAAAACCUUUAUUUAAUUACGCAAAAUAUUUGAGAAAACUUAAUUAUCAUGAAUUAUCAAUUUAUGUUAAUGUAUGGUACUCUAUUAAUAAUCAAUGUAAAGAAAAUGAUAAUAAUGAUUUUACUAAGAUUGAUUUAAUUACGAAAGAAAUUGGAAAAUUUAUUAUUUAUCAUUCUAAUAAAAUUCAUGAAAUUUAUAUUUCAAAAGUAUAUGUAUUCUCAAAUAUAACGGAUAUUACAACUUUUCCUGGUGCAACAAAUUCUCUUUCACAUAUUCAAAGGAUUAAAAUCACCGGAGCGAAUCAUAUGUUAUCUAAUGAUAUAAAAAAUCUUUCAAAAUUUUUAAUUGGAUUAUCAAAAAUUUGUACAAAGAUACGUGAUAUAGAAGUUUAUAAAUUUUCUGAAUCUCAUUAUGGUUUAUUAAAUGGUUUAAUUACUUUAAUUAAUUCUCAACAAAAUCUUUCAAAAUUCGUCAUUUCUUGUUGGAAUUUAAAUUUUGAUCCUUUAAUCCCUUCUUUAGAAUCUCAAAUUAAUUCUUUAAAAGAAAUUGAAUUUACAAAAAUUCGUUUUAAUAAUUCUACCAUUUUUAAAUUUUUAUCUUCUUGUCAUCAUUUAAAAAAAUUAUCUUUUCAAUAUUGUAAUGGAUUCUUCUUGGAAAAUGUUGAUCCAAUAAUUAAAUCUUCUCCAAUUAAUUUGAAAAAAUUAUAUUUAUGUGAUAAUGAUAUAUCUUCAGAUAUUCUUAUCAAAUUAUUACGUAAUACCAAAAAUACGUUAAGUCAUUUAACUUUAGAUGAACGUACUACAGAAAAAUCUUCAGAAAUUAUUGAAACAAUCGUAACAUAUUGUCCAAAUUUAUCAUUUCUUGAUAUAAGAGUAUUAAAUGCUGAUGAUAUAUUAAGUUUACUUUUUCCAUUAAGAAAAAGUAAUUUAAAACAUCUUAUAUUAAAUAAUGUUUCAACUAAAGAUUUUUCUGAUAAUAAAAAAUUUUCUAUUAUAGGAAAAUUUUUACCUAAAACUUUACAAAAUUUAGGUUUAAUUUAUUGGGAUUUUAAUUUACAAUCUUUAAAAAAUUUUUUAGAAAAUUGUGAUUGUCCUUUAAAAAAAUUAUUUUUAUAUAUAGAUAAUGGUUUAAAUGAUGAUCAUUUAGAUAUUAUUACUCAAUAUGCUAAAUCUAAUGGUACUUUAAAAUAUUUAAGUUUUUUAUUUAGAUCUUGUGGUAAUGAUAGUAUUCCUUCUAAAGAAGCUGUUAAAAAAGCUCAACAAUUUAUUCCUGUAAUACGAGGAAAAUAAUUAGAUUAUAAUAAAUAAAAUAUAUUUUUUGUUCGUAUUGUGUUA